AUGGCUCGCUCAAGCUUUUGUCCUGAAGCCAUGAUGAGCAAAGAAUCUAUUGUAGUUGCCCUUUUUGCUCUGGUGAAACUCAUGACCGCUGGCAUUUUGGCUCAUUUCCUAAGACUGGAGUGUGAUUAUUUUUGGGUGUCAAAGCACAUGCCAACCAGGAUCUAUGUUGGAAACCUGGACAGAGAGGUUCCACCAGAAAAGGAGGAUCUAGCCCGAAAGUUCAAAAAGUAUGGCGACAUCGUGGAUGUUUGGGUGUCGCGGCAGCCACCAGGGUUUGCCUUUGUCACCUACGACACCUACAAAGAUGCCCUGAAAGCCAUUGAAGGCAUGGAUGGUGUCAAGUUUCAGGGGAAGAACCUGAAUAUUCAGCUCUCAAUGGGCAAGGGUGGAGGGGGAGGUGCGCAACCUGGUCCGAAGCAAAGGCGUAGCCGAAGUCGCGUCCGGCGGAGCUCCAGCAGAAGGCGAAGCCGCAGCCGGCGCAGUCGACGGCGGAGCUCCGAGAGGAGAAGAAGGGAUCGAAGCCGCUCACGCUCAGGAUCCCCAAGAAGGGAUAGGCGCUCUCCAUCGUACGGCAGAUGAUGCUGAGAGUUCAAUACAAUACAAUCGGUACAUUUGACGUGAGUCAGCUUUAUUUAUACAGUUCUGACCGGAUUUGUCCGAGUUCCAAUGAAGUUCA